CCCCGGCGGGUGAAGUACGCCAGCCUGGGCGUGCUGGUGCUGCAGAACGCGUCCCUCGUGCUCAGCAUCCGCUACGUGCGGACCCUGCCUGGGGAGCGCUUCCUGCCCACCACGGCCGUGGUGAUGGCCGAGGCCAUGAAGGGCAGCGCCUGCCUGCUGCUGCUGCUGAUCCAGCACCGGGGCAGUGUCCGGCAGACGGCGGUGACGCUGCACGAGGCCGUGGUGGGACAGUUUGGGGACACGCUGCGCCUGGCUGUCCCCUCCCUCAUCUACACCCUGCAGAACAACCUGCAGUACGUGGCCAUCUCCAACCUGCCUGCAGCCACCUUCCAGGUGACGUACCAGCUGAAGAUCCUGACCACGGCGCUGUUCUCGGUGCUGCUGCUGGGCACGGCGCUGUCGCGGCUGCAGUGGCUGUCGCUGGCACUGCUGUUCGCGGGGGUGGCGCUGGUGCAGGCGGAGCAGGCUCGGGCCGUGCCCGCGGCCGCGGCGUCUCCCAACAAGGACAAGGGCACCUGA